AUGUACAUGGACACGCGGCUGCAGCAGCAGUUCUGGGGCUAUGGUGGCUACUCGCAGCGCGAUCUCUACUCGCAGCGCGAUCUCUACGAGCCUCCUCCACCGGUCCCCAACCCCAGUCCCCCCAUCGGUCGCCUCGCGCGCCCCCCGCUACUCGUCAUCCCGCCGAUCGUUCCCGCUCCGCUCACCCCCACCCCAGUUGCGCUGAUGCGGGAGAUUGAGCGCUACAACCGGAAGAAGAACGCGGAGAGGGCGGAAAAGCUAGCGGCCGAUCGCCCCGCGGGCCCCCCCGUGCGUCCGCGCAGGCGGAGGGUUUGGGACGACAUGUUCUUUGACCUCCCCCCGACGCCCCCUCCCCGACGCGCGUCUGCUCCCGCCGCGCCUGUCACUCGCGUUAUUCCGUCGGAGCCACUUCAGGUCGUCACUGCUAGUACCGCGCCCGCGCCUAGCACUGCUAAUACCGCGAUUAACACUGCUCCCGCGCCUGUCGUUCGCGCCGCUCCUUUGAAGCCACUCAAGGAACUCAACGGCGCGCUUCCGCCGCCACUGCCGCUGACACUCUCCGCAUUGAACGGCGCAUCAAACGCACUCGCUCCAGAGAAUGGCAAGGCGGGGAGUCUCUUAUCAAGUCCUGGAACGUCAGCACUGCCAAAUGCUGCUGCUGCCUCUGCUGGAAAGAAGUGUCACAGGGAACCGCUGGCUUGCUCUGUCGACCUGCAAGCCCUUGGCUCGUUCCUCUGCUCCUGCCUCUCCGCUCUGCUGCUUAACACGUUGGGGGAAAGCUCAACGAGCCAAGGCUCAGAGGGUCAAAGCUGGAAGGAAGGAAAUGGGACGCCUAUGCCUGCAGCUGCACCUGCAAUUGCAACAGGAGCAGCUGUGAUGUCAACAGGGCUGAAUGAUAUGCUGCUGGCGCAGGCAAGAGUGCAGGAAUGCGAGAAUGUGAGGUUGACGGAAGGGGAGGGAGGAGGCGAAGUUUCAGGAUGGGAAGAGAUUCCAGUUUCUUUGCGCCUGCAACCCAAGCGGCCGCUGUCACCGCUUGCGCCACUGCUAUCCCCCAUAUCAGCUGCCUCAGUAGGAGCACUUUCGCAGCUGAUGUUCCAACCACCGUUGAUUUUACCUGGGAUAUUGCCAUCUGGGAAGGCGAUGCAUCCUGGCCGUCGGUGGAGCCCCUCGUCUGUUCUGGCCUCACAUUCGCCUGCCUCCGACACGUCAUCAUUAGAGGGAAGGACUCCGUUCACAGAGGAAACGCGUUAA